AUGGCUCCCAUCGCCAAGCCCGCCGCCGCGGCGACGAAGCCGAAGUCCUCCGCCGCCGGCCCCUCCCACCCGCCCUACUUUGAGAUGAUCAAGGAGGCGAUCGAGGCACUCAAGGACAGGACCGGAUCCAGCUCGGUCGCCAUCGCCAAGUACAUCGAGGAAAAGCACGGCAAGUCCCUGCCGGCCAACUUCAAGAAGAUGCUGUCCGUCCAGCUCCGCGGGUCUGCCGCCAAGGGCAAGCUCGUCAAGGUCAAGGCCUCCUACAAGCUGUCCGACGCCGCCAAGAAGGAAUCGCCCAAGGCCAAGCCCGUCGCCGCCAAGAAGGACUCGCCCAAGGCCAAGCCCGUCGGCGCCAAGGCCGCGCCGAAGCUGGCCAAGGACGCCGCCAAGCCCAAGAAGAAGGCGGCGGCCGCUGGCACUAAGCGCAAGACGCCGGAGAAGAAGCUGACUGCCAAGGCCCAGAAGUCCCCCGCGGCCAAAGCUAAGGCCAAGCCGAAGACUGUCAAGUCCCCCGCCUCCAAGAAGGCCCGCAAGGUCGCCGCUGCUUGAUCUGAUCUUAUGCCUUUAGAUUUGCUUGGUGUGGCGUUCAGGGUCUGUACAAAAGGAUUCCUCAUCCUCCCUGUUAGGUUUUGGUGUGGCGU